CGCAGUCUCGCUCGCCUCUCGCGCGGCUCGUCACCAACCUCAAACCAACCCACCACCACACCGCGGUCCACGCCCGCCACUGCCGCUCCCCCAAAAACCCUUCUCCGGCGGCCUACGCCGCCGCUCGCCUGCCAUGGCCUCCCCCACGCCCAACUCCCUCUCCUCCUCUUACUCCCUCCCCGCGUCGUCCUACACUUCCUCCUCCCCCUUCCACCUCCAUCUGCAGCAGCCCGUCCCCCACCUCCCCGCCAUCUCCUUCCCGCGCUCCCUCCCGCUCAACCUCCCCGUCCUCCGCCUCGCCCGUCCCCUCCUCCCUCCCGUGCCGCUGGCCUCGUCCGGAGGCGGCGACAUCGGCAUAGGCGGCGGCGGCGAUGGCGACAUCCCAUCGGGUGGUGGAGGCGGCGGCGAGGACGUGGGUGACAACACGGGCGGUGGAGGGGGCGAGGGCGACGACGACGCGUCGGUCAACAGGAGGGAGGCGCUGUUCGUGCUGGCGCAGCUGGGGCGGAAGCUCGAGAGCCUCCCUGCGGACCUCGCCGUGGCCGUGGAGGGCGGCCGUGUCCCCGGGGAGAUCGUGCAGCGGUUCGCCGACCUCGAGAAGUCGGCCCUCUUCCGAUGGCUGCUCCAGUUCGGGGGCUUCAAGGAGCGCCUCCUCGCCGACGACCUCUUCCUCGCCAAGGUCGCCAUGGAGUGCGGCGUCGGAAUCUUCACCAAGACUGCAGCAGAGUAUGAGCGAAGGAGGGAAAACUUUGUUAAAGAGCUCGACUUUGUGAUUGCAGAUGUGGUCAUGGCAAUAGUUGCAGACUUUAUGUUGGUCUGGCUUCCUGCUCCAACUGUGUCUCUUCAGCCACCGCUAGCAGUAAAUGCAGGAUCUAUUGCUAAAUUCUUCCAUAAUUGCCCAGAUAAUGCCUUCCAGGUGGCUUUGGCUGGAACAUCAUAUUCCCUUUUGCAGCGUGUAGGAGCUAUUAUGAGGAAUGGUGCAAAACUGUUUGCAGUGGGAACUAGUGCAUCCCUGAUUGGAACUGGUGUAACCAAUGCACUGAUAAAAGCACGAAAGGCUGUUAGUAAGGAUUUUGAAGAAGAAAGUGAGAAUAUUCCAAUUGUAUCAACUAGUGUUGCCUAUGGUGUAUACAUGGCGGUUUCAAGUAACCUCAGAUACCAAAUUCUGGCUGGAGUGAUUGAACAGAGGAUGCUUGAGCCAUUACUGCACCGCCACAAACUAGUAUUGAGUGCGCUGUGCUUUGCAGUUCGGACUGGGAACACAUUCUUGGGUUCUCUACUGUGGGUUGACUAUGCCAAAUGGAUAGGCAUACAAUAGGUUUGAAGAUAGAUCUGAGAUUGCACGGGUCAUCAGCAGUGUCGGUUUGUCAUCACUUGAUUUGACCAUGCAUACUCUGAACACGACUCACCCAUUUGGUUUGGCACGAGAAAUCUACAAAAGAGUUCCAUAUUUUGGAAAGGAGCCCGAAGGAAAAGGGCAAUCUGUCGAAUUCCCAGAAACAAUCGAUUGGAUUCUUUUAUAGUGGCUUGUGCGUUUUGUUUUGUUGGAUGGAUUCGUUUGAAACACAAUACUUUUGCUGUCAUAUAUUGGGUACGCACGUUCUUGUGCUUUGGACCUUCUCAUUCUUGUUUUCUUAUCCACUUUGUACCCUGUUCAGAAAAUCCUCAGAGAUGCAGAACCGGUUCGAUAGGGUUUCACACUUCCAGAGGAUUUUUAGUAAGGUUAGGAAUUUACUGCUGAUUCUUAAUCUUU